AUGAAUUGGAGACAGUUAGGAUAUAUCUUCUGUUUAACAAGCAGUUUCAACUGCGUGUUAUUUCAAGUUUUGUUUGCAUAUUUCACUUACGAAACGGACAGUGUAGAGCUAUCGCCAGAAAAGAUUCCCAACGCCAGGUUCGCAUGUUUGACUUGUUCUUUACUGCAUCUCGUCGUACUUUUGAUAUCUUUUGGCUAUUUAAAAGGUUUUCUUCGAUACAAUCCCAUUGUCCAUAUUUUAAGAAUUCUCAACGUAGCUCCAAGACAUGGUCCAACUUCUGGGUUAUCAAGAUAUCGAAGGUUGACUGAUAUGGAUAACUUCAUUUCAGAUAAUCCAACACAGAGUUUAGGUGAGAGUCGUGUCAAUGGUAGGUUUGAUAGUAGUAAAACCGAUAUUAUCGGUUUUACUGAUACCCGCAAGAAACCUACACUAGAAAUGAUCGAUUUGAAUUAA